CAGCAUUAAAAAUGAAGACUUACUUUCGAAGUCCCCUCAUACCCAUCCAGGAACUGAACCUGUUUCUUCCUAAGUUUGCCGCUGAAUUAUCUUCACAUUUCCAUUCCAUUCAUCAGCUGGGAAACAAUCACUGGAACACAAGGCUGAUUGGUUUCUCUUUUCUUCUGGCUUAUCAGCUUCUUUCAAUUAAAACUCCAGUGUUAGUUUUGACUUUGAGAGGCAAUACCAUGGGUGACAUGCUAGCAAACGUUUUGGUGAGUGUGACGAGCGAUUAUUACAACCUUGAGAAAAAAAUGCAAAAUCUUAAGAGGAAAGUUGAACUACUAAGCUGUCAAGAAGCUGAUAUGGUUGCAAGGCUAAGAGAGGAAGAACGUCAUCCAGGGAAAAGGCGAAAAAGUGUGGUCAAAUAUUGGUUGAGCGAAGUAGCAUCAAAGCAAAAAGAAUUCGAAAGCUUGGAAGCACAAGUGAACCAAAGUAGUCGUAUUUCGCGAGUGACCUUGGCGAAAUGUGCGGAUGAAAUGAUUGAGGAAGUGACAGGACUUCUUGAUCAAGGCAUAUUUUCUGAGGGGGUUGUACUAGAUUUUAGUGAGACAAUAGAGGAGAAAUUUGUAACUGUAGAAUGGAGAGGCCAAGCAUUUAAAGAAAAUUUGGAGAAAGUUAGGAUUUCUUUAUUGGGGAAUGAGGUCUCGAGUAUUGGCAUCUAUGGUAUGGGAGGAGUUGGCAAAACAACUCUGGCACAAUGUAUCUAUAAUGAGCUCAAGAAUGAAAAUUCGUUUUGCGGUAAUAUAUUCUGGUUCACCGUCUCGCAAGAUUUAAACAUUCCUAAGUUGCAGAAUGACAUUGGAAAGGCCCUGAAUCUAGAUCUUUCCGGUGAAGAUGAUGAGCACAAGAGAGCAGCCAAAUUAGGUUGGGCAUUGGAGAGAAAGAAGAGAUUUGUACUCAUGUUGGACGAUGUCUGGACUCCUUUUUUGUUGCAGAGGAUUGGAAUUUCUCCCUCUCUACAUGGAUUUAAGAUGAUAGUAAUUAGUCGAUCACUAGAGGUAUGUCGCAAUAUGGAAUGCCAAAGGUAUCUAAAAGUGGAAGUUUUUUCGAACGAAGAAGCUUGGAAGCUAUUUAUGAACAAACUUAGUUAUGGCAAUCGACUUCCACCCAAAGUGGAAGAGAUAGCAAGAGAAGUGGUAAAGAAGUGUGCUGGUUUGCCUCUUGCAAUUAUCACCAUGGCUGGAAGCUUGAGAGGAGUGAUUGACAUUUAUGACUGGAAGGAUGCCCUGGAAGAUUUGAAAGAGUCGUGUGUGGGACGAGAUGCCAUGGAAGAUGAGGUGUUUCCGAUACUAUUGUGUAGUUUUAAUCGAUUGAGGGAUCCCAUAUUAAAGCGUUGUUUCUUGUAUUGUUCCCUAUAUCCUGAAGACCAAGGUAUUCUAAGACAUGAAUUGAUAUCAAAUUUCAUUUCAGAGGGGCUGAUGGAAAAAAGAAGAAGCAGGCAAGCAUACUUAGACCAAGGUCACAAAAUAUUGAAUAAACUGGAGAACGUUUGCUUAUUGGAAAGAUGUGAAACUCUUCAUGAAUUAGGUGUGAAGAUGCAUGAUCUAAUAAGAGACAUGGCUUUAAAGAUCACAAAAGAUGACUACAUGGUAAAAGCUGGACUUCAAUUAAAGGAAAUUCCAGAGGAGCAGGAAUGGAAGGAAGAUUUGGUUAAGGUUUCCUUAAUGUGGAACAGGAUAGAAGGAAUUUCGAGAGCCACAUCACCUAAGUGUCCUAAACUUUCAACCUUGAUUUUAAGGUCCAAUCCUCUGAAGUUGGUUUCAGAUUCAUUCUUUUUGCAAAUGCGAGGCUUGCACGUUCUCAAUUUAAGUCACACCGAGAUUGAAUACUUGCCCAGUUCCAUAUCGGACUUGGCAGAACUUAAUGCAUUAUUACUUAGUCGGUGCUAUAAACUUAUGUUUGUACCACCAUUGGGAAACCUCAAGGCACUGCAAGAGCUGGACAUCAGUAAUACUGUCAUUAAGGAAAUACCCCAAGGCGUGGAAAGUUUAACCAACCUCAAAUGCUUGGACACAAUUGGCUCACGUAUGGUAAAAAUUUCAUCAGGGAUUUUACAAGGGCUGUCACUUCUUCAGCGUCUCACGCUCCCUCGACUGAUGACAAUACCAAUCGAAGAGGUUGCAGGAUUGAAACAACUAGAAGAAAUUCAGGGCAAAUUUGGCAACGUGCAUGAUUUCAACAUAUUUAUGAAGUCUCAACCAAGAGAUGGGCAGCUCAAUAUCUAUAAUAUUCAAAUAGGUGAGAGUUUUCCUUAUCUUUAUGGCACAGGGUUAGGAAAAAUGAUAACUUUUGGAAUAGACAGUCUUAAGAAAGGCGAAAGAGGGACAGACGAGAUUACACUGCCACGAAAUAUCGAGAGGGUGCAUUUUUACCGGUGUGGUCUCUGUAGUUGCUUAUUUGAUGAUAUCCAACAAUUAAAUAAUGCUACAGAAUUGAAGCACUGCUAUGUUGGAAACGAGGUUGGAAUAGAGUUCAUUGUGAGAUUGUCAUUUGAGAAAGAACUGACGGUAGAAGAAGAACAACAGUCUCGCUUGAUGCCACUCCAUUACCUUGAAAGUUUGUGCCUUGAGAACUUGCCAAAUUUUAUUGGUCUCAUCCGGUGGGAAGUAGCACCAGCUGUUGCACCGCUUCCACAUGGCCAUUUUUCUCACCUUCGAAGUUUGACGAUUAGUUAUUGCAGAAAAAUCAAGAAGCUUCUCCCUCGGAGUUUGGUACAAAACCUUCAUAACCUCGAGGAGCUGAGUGUUAAUUCAUGUGCAAAAAUGGAAGAGAUAAUAGGUGAUGAUGAAAGUGAUGGAGGCUUCGUUGCAGAAAGUAAUACCAACAUCACCCUACCAAGGUUAAAGUUUUUACAACUCAUCAAUCUACUAGAAUUAAAAAGCAUCUGCAAGGGGACAAUAAUCUGUAAUUCCAUUGUGGGAAUUCGUAUAAAAUCUAUUACAAAAGUAAGGAAGGUGCCUUUGUUUUUACCGCCUCUUAAUGGACAACCAUCUCCGCCUCCAUCUCUCAAAAACAUAAAACUCUGGGAAAAAGAUAAAGGAUGGUGGGAAUCAUUAGAGUGGGACCAGCCCAAUGCCAACAGUGUCCUUCACCCCUUCCUUGAUUAUGUAUGGAAUGCUAGAAUGCUACAAUCCUGAUAAUUGAUAAAAGUAGAUUGAAUUUCAUGUAAUGUGAUAUAUUUCAUGCAUGUACUGUUAUUUCCUUCUACACAGGUUGUAAGCAUUAUAGAAAGAUGCCUCGGGACUAAUAGAACAUGGAUAUACAGAAUAAAGUAGCAGCAAAGUUUGAGUGUCAAAUCCCAAAAAAUGUCCAAUAUUACGCAUUUGUUAACGCUAAUAAAUACAACAUUACGAACAUUCAAUGCUUGCAGGAGAAUUACAAACAGUAACACAAAGUUUACAGUAUCAAACCAACAUUGAAGUUGUACUAGGCAACAUAGACUAAGUUCAAAUAUCCUGCUCGAACUAGCAUUAGAUUUAAGGCCUGUUUGGGAGGGAUUUUUUA